AUGUCCGGGCUCCUCGGGGAAGCUUUCACCCCUUGCCCAUCGAGGUCGAGAUCUUCGUGUGGUGGCAGUGAGACAUUUGACAGUUUCAUGGACCGUGACUUGGCCUUCGAAGCUACAGCACAGCUCGAAUAUACCACCGAAAUUAGAGCACCAAUCUUGACCGGGCCUCGUCCUCGACGGGCCCAUCGUACCGGCCCGACUUUCCAAAUACAUGACGAUGUGAUGAAUAGGCCAGCCGGCCCAGCAGAGAAACGCAGAAGACCGAAUACUUUGGCAAAGUCGACCUCGGGACGCAAGCCGUCGUUGCUUGCUCAGCCCGCCCAACGUUUUCGCCCGAAGGUCAACUUCGCUCCGAGUCCGCCCUCCCGUCCAAAUAAGAAAGAGAUCGAAGCUCAACCUAAGACGCAACAGUAUGAAACAGAGACCAACCAUGAGGCCGUCGCUCACCCCAACGAUAUCCAUCAUACCGACAACAAACAUCACCCUGACCACAAAGAUGCAUUGAAAAGGGACGUACGACGAAAUACUGUGUACAUCCCCCCGGAUGACACUACUGUGGCUAGCGUUUUCAUGGGACUAUUCAGUCCGCUUAAAAAGCAGCAGACCACAACGCUAUCCAAGAUGACGGAAGACACCCAGAUCAACACGCUAGAGGCCCAGAUCGCAAAGCGCCAAGCUCGAAAAUCAAUGGUGACUUCUGCACGUAGAGCUCCUCUACAACCGAGCGCGAAGAUUGCACAGGAAGCUGUCAUACGAGUCGAUAUUGCUGGCAAGAAUGGUGGAAAGGAAAACAUUCCACCUGGUGCACUUGCUGAAAUUGAGAAAAAGCACACUCUCCAAUCGCCUUCUUCGCUAAAACCCAAGCGGGCUAGCAUUGUCUCUACCUCGAAGUCCACUCGACAUAAUAUCGACCAGCGAGCAAGAACUGCCAAAGCUAUCCAGCCUUCUACAAAAGUACCGAAGCAAAAUGCACCACCCCACGGCGUUCUUGGGGAGAGGCAGACCAAUACACUGAUAUCCCGGCCACCCUCUGCUCGAGAGAAACAUAGCCUUACUAGGUCGAAGGAAACAAUGAAGAGCCCACUGGCUCUUAAUGUCCACGCCUCUACCACCUCGAACCGAGUCGAUCACUCCAAAUCACUCCGAUCUUCUCGAAUGGGAAAUAUUUCCUCCAAGCUCAAGAACCUCAACCACGAGUAUCCAAUGUUGGUCGAGAACACCGCGAAGCCUGCUCUGUACGAGGACAAUUGGCUUCAUCACCAGGAGACUGUGAUCACGCAACUUGUCAACUCCUUGCUAGAAUGUACUAAUGGUGAUUCAGCUCCGUGCGGACCAAAUACCCUUCGACUGGAGAUGCUUGAGAUCUACCAUACCGAAUUUUUCGCCCAGCUUCACAAGCGGCUCCAGGCAUCAUUGUCGUGUGGACAUUUAAGCAUUCCGAAGGAGCUUGUCACCCGAUACGGUCGACUUAAACAGGAUGUCGGUCUUCGUCGAAAGUUCCUCGACAUAUGGGCCCAAUCAUACGACCUUCGCGCUUUAGUGGCUGCUGCGGAGACAGUUGUCGGUCGAAAAAUUUCCAAUAAUCCUACAUUUCUUGAACGUGACCUCGAUGGGUCCGAUGAAAACGCUUUAAAGGGUCGCAAAGUCAUUAUUCGCAAAUUGGAAGGGUUUCUUGAUUCGUUUCUACUUCACAAUGAUGACAUGGACCACAUGGUGUCUGACUCUAGGGAUAUCCCAAUGGAGACUCAGGCGAGAGCUUAUCGGCGAACCGUGCUUCGCAGCAUCAUCCUUGUCGUCAUUCUAGACCACGCAAAACAGAGUCGUGGUACAAGUCUUCCUCGGCGGCUGUUUGUACAGAAUUCUCCUUUCAAAUCUUCUGUUGAGGUGCUCCAGGCCCUAGCCCGUGUGUUACUACCUUCUUGUGGCGAUAUGUCCAAGCCUUUGGGUCAUCUUGGCUGUCACUUGACAUACAAGCAACAUAACUUGCAAGAGUACAACUAUCAGAUCAACAAUAUUGCUGUGGAUCUCAGGGAUGGCAUUCGGUUGACACGAAUUGUUGAAGUACUUUUCUUCACUUCGGAACAUGUAAGAACUGAUGUUGAGGACCAAACCGAGGUCACGCUGCACACAGGAGAAGCUUUGUCACUACUUGGCGAUGAGGCUGACUUGCCCCUGUCGAAGCAUCUCAAAUACCCGUGCGCCAGCAAAGCCGCAAAGAUUUACAAUGUGCAGAUGGCACUUUCUGCUUUGAGCUCUAUCGAAGGUUCUGACUCAUUUUUGGACGACAUUCGGGCUGAAGAUAUCGUGGAUGGUUAUCGAGAGAAAACCAUCGCUCUUUUGUGGGCGCUUGUUAGCAAGUGGGGCUUGGCCGGCCUAGUCGACUGGGAAGAUGCCAGCAAGGAAAUUGCAAGACUCAAACGAAAAGCUGGUUCUCUAUUUGGAUACGAUAGAUGUCUCAACGAAAUUUGGUAUCUUGGCGACGAACUCGAUGGUGAUGAACAUGCUCGGAUGCUUCAACAGUGGGCCUCAAUUCUGGCUGCGUUGAAAGGGCUGUCCAUUACCAAUAUGACCACAGGUUUUUCCAACGGAAAGGUUUACGAAAGCAUCGUCGAUGAGUACGAGCCAUACAUUACUGGAAGUACCUGUCGCAGCACCAUGACUGCCACCCCGCGUUCUCUGUCAUUAGAGUCGCGUCUGAAACUGCUAGGCUGUAGCUCUCAAUUUGCACAACUUGUUUCUCCCAAGAGAUCCUCUUCCCAUAUUCUCGACCGUAACUUUACUCUUGGUGCACUUGCAUUUCUCUGUUCUCGAUUACUCUCCGCCUCAAAACAUUCACGGGCUGCCACCAUCCUACAACGCGCCUGGCGAGCUCACCUGGGCCGGCGAGAUACCCAGCGUCGCGCUAUAGCACAGGAUCUUGCUGCCCACUGCGCGGCCGUCGUUAAAUCGAAGAGUGAGAUUAUCUGGGCAACGGAGGUUAUCACUCGUUGGUGGCGAGGCGUCAAGGCUCGUCAACAACGCAAAAAUACUACAGGUCAUCAACGACAACGCAAACUUGUUUCUCUGAGUUGUAAAACAGCUAAACGCCGCCUCUGA